ACUAACCUUUGGAUCUGCCAUCAACAAACUCAGUAAUCAUCCCAUCCACAACAAAAUCACAAACACAGAAACCAAAACCCUCAAUGCCCUGACAAGAAGUUCAAAGGUUUUUUCUCCUCAUGGUACUUGUACAAUCCUCCAAACUCUCUCUUCCUCCUUCCGUUUCAGCUACAAAAUCCCUUCUUUUUGAACCAAACUCUCUUUCUUUAGCCUUAAUGCACACUGAUUCCUCACUUUCCCUCUUCCCUUCCCUUCCUUCUCUCCCUCCAAAACCCCCAACCCUAGUUCCCUCCCCUUCCUCUUCCUCUUCUUUCCUUCUCAUCCACCGAGACCCUAUCCCUAAAGUCCUCUUUCUUGUUGCUGGCCCAUAUAAAGGCGGGUCUCAGAUUCUCUUAAGGUUCCAUGUUUUACAAAAUGACAGCUUUUUUUAUAAACCCCAAGUUGUUUGCAAUCAAAAGGGUCUUGCUUUUGAUUCAAAACUCGGUGUUUUGCUGGAUAUAAAUCAUGGGGUUUCUAUAAAGAUUGUUGGGUCUAUUAAUUUUUUUGUGCUGCACUCAGUUUCUAGCAAGAAAGUUUGGGUCUUUGCGGUGAAACUUAUUGCUGAUGGUGAUGGUGAGAUGCUGAAAUUGAUGAGGUGUGCGGUGAUUGAGUGUAGUGUGCCUGUUUGGUCAAUAAGUGUUUCUUCUGGAGUCUUGAUUUUAGGGGAGGAUAAUGGGGUCCGGGUUUUUAAUUUGAGGCAGCUGGUGAAAUGGAAAGUUAAGAAAGUCAAGGGUUUUGAUUCGAAUGGGAAGUUGGAUGGUAAAGGAUUGAAAUCGUCCAUUGGUGCCGGGGAGGAUAAUGGGGUCAGUUCAAGUUCCGGGAAUGCUUGCAAUGGUGCGUUGGAUGGGAAGACUGAUAAACAUUGUGUUUCUGUAAAACAGAGAUCUGUAAGAUGCAGCCAAGACUCUGGUGAAGGGGGUGCUUGUUUUGUGGCAUUUAAGAGGGAGGUGACUGAGGGCAUGAAACCUACAACUUUGAAGGCAGUUUCUAUCCAGGCAUUACCUCCCAAGAAAUUUGUGAUUUUGGACUCUACAGGAGAUUUGCAUAUCUUGUGCCUGUCUGCCCCUGUUGUUGGACCAAAUGUCAUGGCUCGCAUGAGGCGGUUGCCCCAUAGUAUGAAAGUGCAAAAGCUGGCUGCUUUUCCAGAUUUUUCCUCGAAAAUGCAAACUUUUUGGGUAUCAGAUGGGCUCCAUUCCGUGCACAUGAUAACUCUAUCCAACAUGGAUGCUGCUUUCAAGACAAAUGAAGGAGAUGUGACCCAGGAAAAGUUAAUUCGGAUCACAGUUAUUCAAGCAAUUCUUUCUGCUGAAAAGAUACAAGAUCUUAUACCUUUGGGUGCGAAUGGCAUUUUGAUUCUUGGACAAGGAAAUAUAUAUUCAUGCACAAUUCCCUGAAGUUGCUUGGCACUUGGAACUUAUCUAUCUUUUGGUGGUGAGGAUCUUAUUGCGUUUCUUCUUAUAUCAUAAAUCUUGCUUUAUUUCUUUAUCUGCUAUCCAUUGAAGUGGAAUGCUGUGUAGGAAAUCUAUGCUCCAUGUUUGUCACAGUUAUAGUGGUUUCCUUUCCUGGAUCAAUGUUCUUAAACAGUAAUUAUUAUUAUUAUUAUUAUUAUUAUUAUCUAGUUAACUUAUAAUGUAGUCAAUCUUACCACGGGGAUCUGACUGAUUGUAUUUCCUGAAUUUCAGUUGAUUACCAUGCAUUCUCUCUGAUUACCAUGGUUUUUCUUGUCCUUGUGUUGCUGAAGUCAUGAGCUGUAGUUGUUUCUUGUGUAUAUUGGUACACAAGAUCUUAAAGAUGUUGAGCUCGUGAAGAACCAACUUGUCUUGGAUCUUGAAAAUGGACUCUUUCAGCAACUGAAAACCACAUCUGCUGCCCAGCCAACUGAAAGCACUUAGUUGCAGAUACAAUGGUUUAGUUUGCACUCGCUGUGGAGUUUGCUUCAUGUCUUAUGCUGUUGAGCUGAAGACCAAACGAACUGAGAAUGCCAUGAAGAUGUGAAACAGCUUGGCUUGUUAUCAUGGUGCAAGAUAGAACUCACUUUUAUGACUUUGGUAUCAACAUUUAUAUGGGGUGGGUUCCCGUAGAGGCUUGGGGCUCAAUUUGUGCUUGUGAUUUCAUUUUUCCCGAUUAUGUGCGAAUUGAUUCUGUGGUUGUUUUUUUUUGGAUAAACCUUACAUUCAAUGAACAUUCUCUUGUAAUAUUUGGUAGUCACAGCAGUCAUCA